UUAAUUGGCAAAGUACCCUAUGUUUUAUACAUAUAUGCAUGUUAUACAUAUGUAUAUAAUGUUAACAUUUUUGUAAUAAUGCUCUUGCGAAUAAACUGAGCAAUUUCAAGAUUGGCAGUAAAACUAAAACAGCCUACACUGCAGGGUAUCGCAAUCCGCUUGAUGGUGACGAGAGAAAGCUGCGGUACACACACAAGCACAUGGGCGAGACCUCUAACAAAUGAGAGAUAGGUAGAGAGAAAAAGAGCUAGUGCUUGCUUUGAUGACGUUUAUAGGGAAAUAACUUUUGGCACGCUCUGUAAACUCUGUAAACCAACACUCGCGCUGUAUAUCUCUUCUCCCCUUAACAAUUACGAACUGUCAUACGCUCUCUCCGCGUUGUGUUUUAUGCUCGCAUGUAUAUCUCUGGGAGAGUCGCAAAGCACUAAUUGUCAAUUUUGACCUUCAAGGUUCCUUCAAAGUACACGAUGUAUGUAUGGGCCUGUAUGUGCACAGUCACGCACACACGCACAGCGAUAGUCGCUCAGACAUAGCAAGGGAGCGGGGCAGCAGAGAGACUACUCAGCGACGUCAGCGGCAGCAGCGUAAAGCCAGUGCUGAGCGGCGAAUGAAUUUGAUUCCGUAACAAACGUUUCAAAGCAACGGACGCGUGCAGCGGAUAAAAAUACAACGCUUCGAGCGACGAACCCACAUCACACAAAACACUGAAAGAAAAUAUAAACAAAAUUUUAACAAAAAUAACACCGUCAAUGCUACCGCCUGCGUCUCACAAUUAAACUUAAUCUUGCGGCACAAAAAAAAAACCAAUUUUGCAUGCAUACAUACAAAUGUAUAACAAAUCGUAGUCCCAUAAUAAAUAGUGCAGUUAUCCUUGCCUAUUUGUGUCAACGUGCCGCGAAAGCAUUUUCUUUAUCAAGUAAUUGGUAAACGUCGAACCGCAGCCAGACACUGAGCAUUAAAGACUAAAGUCGAUCAGCAAUAAAAUAAGACGUGAGUGCAUUUUUUUUAAAUUGUUUAAUAACACCGCCCAACUGCCAAAAACGAAAAGUCAAAAGAAAAUACAAAUAUUCUCGGCUGGCCGCAGAACAGUGUAACAAAACAAAAGUGCAAGAGAGAAAAUACAUUGCAACUGCAAAAACAACACAAACAACAAUUAGAAUGGAUCAAGAGCUGAGCGGCACAAUGCGCAGCAUUUCUAUAAAUAGCAAUGGUACCACAAAACAGCAACAACAGUUGAAUGGCCACAGCAUGAAAACUGCAGUCAGCUGCGGCACAGACGAGAUCGACAAUGUACGGCGGGUUACUGCAACAAUUGGCGGCGACGUUGACGUUGCCAAAACUACAAAUGCAAGCAAAACGCCAGCAUCAGCAGCGACAACAACACCAUCACCAUCACUAAUACAACAACAGCAGCUGCAGCAGUCGUUGCCGUCGUAUGCGAGUGCAAGCGUUGCGGAGAAAAAGAAAAUGGUUCACGAGUUAUGUCAGCAAUUGUUGCUAACGGACGAACAGGUGCAUGAAUUAUGCUAUCGCAUACUCCACGAAGUGCGCCGUGGGCUUGCCAAGGACACGCACCCCAAGGCCAAUGUGAAGUGCUUUGUAACCUAUGUGCAGGACCUGCCCAAUGGCAAUGAGCGUGGCAAAUUCCUGGCUCUCGAUUUGGGUGGCACCAAUUUUCGCGUCUUGCUGAUACAUCUGCAGGAGAACCAUGAUUUCCAAAUGGAGUCCCGAAUCUAUGCGAUACCGCAGCACAUCAUGAUCGGUUCGGGCAUCCAGCUCUUCGAUCACAUUGCUGAAUGCCUCUCUAAUUUCAUGGCCGAUCAUAACGUGUAUGCGGAGCGUUUGCCAUUGGGCUUCACCUUCUCGUUCCCAUUACGUCAGCUGGGUCUGACCAAGGGUCUGCUGGAGACCUGGACGAAGGGCUUCAAUUGCGCCGGAGUCGUAAACGAGGACGUUGUUCAGUUGCUAAAAGAUGCUAUAGCGCGCCGCGGAGAUGUGCAAAUCGAUGUCUGCGCCAUUCUGAACGACACGACAGGCACACUCAUGUCUUGCGCCUGGAAGAAUCACAGCUGCAAAAUCGGUCUGAUUGUGGGCACGGGCUCAAAUGCCUGCUAUGUUGAGCGUGUGGAGGAGGCGGAACUAUUCGAUGCGCCGGACAACCGUAAGCCCCAUGUGCUGAUUAAUACAGAGUGGGGCGCAUUUGGCGAUAAUGGAGCACUUGAUUUUGUACGCACCGAAUUCGACGAGGAUAUUGACACGCACUCGAUAAAUCCUGGCAAACAGACGUUCGAGAAAAUGAUCUCGGGCAUGUACAUGGGCGAGUUGGUGCGCCUCGUAAUUGUGAAGAUGACGCGCGCUGGUGUUCUCUUCAAAGGGCAAGACUCGGACGUCCUCAAUACCCGUGGCCUCUUCUUUACCAAAUACGUUAGCGAGAUCGAAGCUGAUGAGCCAGGAACCUUCACCAACUGCCGCCUGGUAUUGGAGGAGCUGGGGCUAAGCAAUGCUACCGAUGAUGAUUGUGCAAACGUUCGCUACAUAUGCGAAUGCGUCUCCAAGAGGGCCGCGCAUUUGGUAUCGGCGGGCAUUGCUACGCUCAUCAACAAAAUGGACGAACCACACGUCACGGUCGGCGUCGAUGGCAGCGUCUAUCGUUUUCAUCCCAAGUUCCACAGUCUGAUGGUAGAGAAAAUAACGCAGCUAAUUAAGCCGGGAAUCACGUUCGAUCUCAUGCUCUCCGAGGAUGGUUCCGGGCGUGGUGCAGCCCUGGUGGCGGCCGUCGCCUGUCGAGAGGAUGUACUCAAUAGCAAGUAAGCCGAGGCCGGUACAUUUGCCCAAGUCUAUUGCCCAAGACGUCGCCUAAAUCGCCGCCAAGCGGGCCAAGCAGGAGUAAGAGUAGUAGGGGUAAGGGCAGCAGGAGCAGCAGCUGAGUUGCCGCCCAGCGACGUCACCGCUACAAAACGCUACACAUACAUAAACACACACACGCAACUCAAGUGAAAAAAUUACUGAGAGAAUAAUGAUAAUGAUUCUGCAACAAAUAUUACAACUAAAUUACAAAAUUUUAAUUAAUUAUAAUAAAAUUUAAAAGAAAUUGAUAUAGUUUCCUUGUCGCCGUUGGCCAAGCGGCGCUUUUAGUAUUUUAAUUAUGCAAGUUAUAAAAUACGAAGCGGCUUUUUUUUAAAAUAUUUAAUGUAGUUUUUUUUUUUAAUAAAUUAAUUGUAUGCUUAAUUCUAUUUAUC